AAAAUCAGAUUCAGGAGGACUUCGAGAAACUUCACCAGUUUCUACGAUAUGAAGAGGCAGCCAGGAUGGCUGUCCUGAGGGAGGAAGAGGAGGAUGAAGAUGAUUGACGAUGAACAGAGCGAUAGCAGCCAUUUUAGACACAACGAGAGCCAUAAAGAAGGACCUGGUAUCUGAUGACAUCUCAUUCCUGCAGAACUACAAGGACAUGUUAAAAAGAGCCCAGUGCACAAGCCCAGAUCCAGAGCUUGUUUCUGGAGCGCUGAUCAAUAUGGCAAAACACCUGGGCAACCUGCAGGUCAGAGUUUUGGAGAAGAUGCUGAAGUCUGUUCAAUACACGCCUGUGAUUCUGGACCCCAACACUGCCCAUCCAUGUCUCACCCUGUCUGAUGAUCUGACCAGUAUGAGAUUCAGUGAUGGGAUACGGCUGCUUCCUGACAACCAGAGAGGUUUGAUAACUAUUGAAUGGUCCUGGGCUCUGAGGGCUUUGACUCUGGGACACACAGUUGGGAUACAGACGUCGGGGACAAUACAGUAUGGUUUGUAGGUGUAGUCUAUAAGUCUGUCCAGAGGAAGGGAGUGGUACAGACUGGACUCUGGCGUGUAGGCUAUUAUAAUGAUAAAUACUGGGCACGUUGUCCAAAAGGGCCACAGACUGUCCUGACACUGGAAAAUAAACCCCAUCGGAUCAGAGUGCAGCUGGACUGGAACAGAGAUACACUGUCCUUUUACGACCUUGAUAAUAACACACACAUACACACGUUCACACACUUUUACAGAGAGAUUGUUUCCAUACAUCAACAUUGGCAGUAAUCUCUACGCUGCUAGGAUCUUACCAGGGAAAGCCUCUGUAACAGUGGAACAGCACAUUAUACCUCCCCAUGCUAGCCCUUCUUCCUUUUAACUUGAUCAGUUGUUGUGGUACGCUGACGCAACGGAAGGCACCACGACCUCCGUGAUUUAGAUUUGUUCAACAGGAUUCAAUUAUGAAUUGUAUUAUCAUAUGAAUUAUUAUGUUAACAAACUACUGGAUUGAACCAAAUCACAAAUCUUUGCUGAUCUAAUAAAAACAAUUGAUUCAACAA